ACCCUACACACUGCAUAAAAAACGCUUCAUUUCUAACCCUGAACUCCCUUUCCCGACAAACAAACGCCCCCCUCUUGUACCCGAUUGCUUCCUAUUACAACAAACCCUAAACGAUCAUUCAAAAAGAAAAAAAACAAAUCUAUCUUUAUAACUUCUCGAUCUCCGCGUUUUUAUUACUACUUUUAAGAGGAAAAAAUCCUUUAUUUGUCGAAAAGAUUUUUUUUAUUUGAGGGAAACAGGGGGAGAUGGCGGGAGGAGGAAGCAGGAGAGACGAAGGAUCUAUGGUGAUCAACAACACCAACGUGUUUGCUGCUCUCGAAACUCUUAGGAAGAAGAAGAAGUCUGACAAGGACCGAGGUUCUUCUAAAAAAUCUUCUUCCAAGUCUCAGCAACAGCAACCGCAAAAAGAACCCGAGCCGCAGGUCUUUUGGGCUCCAGCUCCGCUCACUGCCAAAUCGUGGGCCGAUGUCGAUGAUGAAGACGACGAUGAUUAUUAUGCCACAACAGCUCCUCCUCAGUCCGUUUGGGGACCAUCUGAGCCGUCUCAGAGUCACGAAGACAAGAUCCUCAACUUAGAGGAUAGUGAUAGUGAAGAAGAUAUUUUAGAUGAAGGUGAUGAUGAUAUAGAGGAAGAUCAUGACCAGGAACCAGAGCUUCAAGUACACCCAGAGCCUUUACCAAAAAAGGUUCCUGAAGCUCCUGCACCACCUAAGGAACCAGAAAGACAACUUUCAAAGAAAGAGAGGAAGAAGAAAGAACUUGCUGAGCUGGAGGCUCUUCUUGCUGAUUUUGCAGUUACACAGAAGGAAAGCAGUGACCAGGAUGAGUCACGUGUUGCACAAGAAAAGAAAGAUGGAGAGGGAGAAAAGAAGGAAAACCCUCCAGGAGAGUCUAAAAGUGCCAAGAAGAAGAAAAAGAAGGAUAAAUCAAAGGAGGGUAAAGAAUCACAAGAUCAGCCAACUGGUACAGUUGCCACCAAUGAGCCAGAUGAAGCCGCUGGAAAUGAGCAGAAUGAGGAGGAUGCAUCAGCUGUUGAUGUGAAAGAGCGGCUAAAGAAGAUGGCAUCUAUGAAGAAGAAAAAAUCCAGUAAAGAGAUGGAUGCUGCUGCAAAAGCUGCUGCACAAGAGGCUGCUGCAAGGAGUGCAAGGCUUGCUGCUGCAAAGAAGAAAGAGAAGAACCAUUACAACCAGCAGCCAGUGCGGUAAAGGCCACCCUUUUUGAUCUACGUUACGUAUACAUAUGAACAUGUAUUUCUCGUUGUUGUACGGCAAUGUGAAAUAAACAGUGGGCUAAAAGGAUGACUGUUUUACUUUUAUUUGAAUGGACUGGAAGAAAGUUUCAUCUGUUUUUACUUUUUGGAUCUUACUGUUGCUCAUUUAUCAUGGAUUUGGGACACAUUGCUCUGACUUUUUAUUUUGUUUUGGCUAAAACUUAUUUGGACGAGGACAUUUGAAA